AUGAAAAUCGGAUUCUUACUACCGAUUGCUACCUGCCUAUCUUUGGCGAAUGCAACAGCUACAUCUAACACUUUCUUACUUCAGGCCAUUUCAAAUACAACCAAUACUAUAUCAUCGUAUGAAGACAAGUGCUAUAGAGAGACACAUACAAUCAGCAAUAGUAAUGACUUGAAAUACUUAGAAGAUUGUCAAACCCUCAAAGGUGAUGUCUUAAUUUCAAAUUUCAAAGAACCUAUCAUUCAGUUAAGCUCAAAUCUUCAAGAAAUUAGUGGUAGCUUGACUAUUAGAAAUGCCCCGCACCUAGUUAGAUUAGAAGGGCCAAAGUUGACUUCUAUUGGAGAAACAUUUUCAAUAAGAGAAUUAACAUCUUUGGCGCUAAUCUCCUUCCCAGAGUUGAAAUCGGUUAAAGUCUUAGAUUGGAAAGUAUUGCCAAUUCUUAGUACCGUCCAUUUCAAUAGUGAAAUCAAAGAUGUCGAAAGUAUUACAGUCACUGAUACUUCUCUAACAGCAUUCUCUGGAUUUAUGACAAAUAACUUGCACACUUUGGAUUUGAAUAAUAACAGAUUUCUAGAAAGUAUUACAUCAAACGUUGAGAGAGUUACUGAAAAGCUCCAUAUAGCAGCGAAUGCUGAGAAUGUCCAUGUUAAUCUUUCACAUUUGAAAUUUGCAAAGAACUUAACUAUUCAAGAAACUUCUAACAUUGACUUGAGUAGUUUAGAAAAUGUUGAAAAUUCUGCAAGUUUUAUCAACAAUUACUUCAAGCAAUUGAAAAUACCUAAAUUGAAAGCAAUUGGUGGAACCUUAAGUAUUUCGAGAAAUCAAGUAUUAAAUCAAGUAGAAUUCCCUAUGACAGAUGAAAUUGGUGGAGGUUUAGUGGUGGUAAACAAUACGGCUAUUGAAAAAAUCAACUUCUUACCAAAGUUAUCCAUUAUUGGUGAGGCAAUGGAAAUCGUUGGGAAUAUCAAAGAUAUUCAACUAAAGCAAUUGAAGUUAGUUAAGGGAAGCGCAAAGAUUACAGCGUUUUCGUCCAUAUUUGACUGCACCAAAUGGACAAAAAGUGAAGUCGGUUCAAUUAUAAGAGGAGGAAAGAUCGAAUGCACCAAUGCCAAGGGUACUAUUAAUACCAGUUCCAAUGGCACUGGCGAUGACAAUAGAAAUAUGGACGGUAUCAAUCACGAUGGUGCAUUCGCCGAACCAGCACCUGGAUUUAAAUAUCGUUCGGAGGCUGUUAAAAAAGCAAUUUCAUUUGUACUACUUUCCAUUGCCCUUAGUUCCUAUUACCUCGUGCUUAAACUAAAUUAG